GAUCUGUGCUACAGUGCGAAGUUCCGCUCGGAACCCUGCAGCGAGCCAUUUCGAAAACGCGCGGGCGUGCGCGGUCGAUUCGCGGGUGGUCGAGCGUCAUUCCGCUUAUUGCUGUUACGCUGAUAACUUGUCAUGGCUACUCGAGUUUAUAUUGGUCGUCUCUCGUAUCGUGCUUCUGAACGCGAUAUCGAGCAUUUCUUUCGUGGAUAUGGACGUAUCCGAGACAUCGUUUUGAAGAAUGGUUUUGGAUUUGUGGAAUUUGAUGAACCACGUGAUGCAGAUGAUGCAGUGUAUGAUUUGAAUGGAAAGGAAUUGGCUGGAGAACGUGUGAUGCUGGAGUUUUCAAAGCGUGGUCCGAGGACUGGAGGGCGAGGCUUCGAUCGAUACCCUCCUCCGAGGAGAGAGGCCAGUUCUCGGUACGGACCUCCAACACAGACACGCCAUCGCAUGAUUGUUGAAAAUCUAUCGACUCGGAUUUCUUGGCAGGAUCUGAAAGAUCUGAUGCGCAAAGCUGGAUGUGAGGUCACUUUUGCUGAUGCACACAAGAAUGAAAGAAACGAAGGGGUUGUUUGUUUUGCGACACGUGAGGAUCUGGAACGCGCAUUGGAUAAAUUACAAGGCGAAGAAAUUAAUGGGCGCAAGCUAAAGCUGAUUGAUGACUCGGAGAAAAGGAGCAGCAGCCGCUCUCGUGACAGAAAACGUUCGAGGAGCCGCAGCCGCAGUCGCAGUCGUUCUCGUUCCCCCUCCCGCUCCCGAAGUCGCUCACGUUCAAGGAGCGCCAGCAAGUCGCGCUCUCGAUCAGCCUCGCGCUCGCGUUCUCGCUCGCGCAGUGGCACACCUAAAAAGGAAGAGAAUGGCAACUCAAGAUCGAAGUCGCAAUCGCGUUCAAGGAGCGGAUCUCGUGAUGGCUCUCGCCAUUCAGCGUCUCCUAAUGGAAAUGGCGAUGGGGAAGCCGACAUGCGAUCACGCAGCCCUACACCUCCCAAUGAUGAUUAAACUCUCAUAAAUCCCAAGUAUCGGUGACUGAUUCGUUGUAGAUUUGAUGACGUUAUAUUUUGUUACUGUUUUUAAUGCGUGUAGUAGAGCACAUGUGUUUGUGUAUUGAUUGUGUCGUGUUGUCGAUAUUGUCAUGUUAUAUUGAUUUGUUAUGAUAGAUCUCUUGGUAAUCCGUAUUCCUUUUUCUAAGUUUGUGGAUUUUUAUUUUAUAAUGAAGCUUAUGAUUCUCACAUGUGAUUGGAUCC